UCGUGCCUACCUUGUGAGUUGUUUUGAAGAAUUACGCAUUUAAGGAUGUUUGCAGGUACAACGAGCCCAAAGCGAAUCUCAAAGAUGCUGAAAAAGAUCAUUCAAUUCUCAAGAAGAUCCAGUUUCAGGCGUGCUAUCGAUGAUUGGGAAGACGAUAUGGCCUCAUUGCCUCCUCCGAAAGAUGUGAAGGAAGGGCAUUUUGUGGUGCAUGCAAUUGAUGAUGGUAAACCAAGGAGGUUUGUCUUAGAUUUGAGCUAUUUGGCGGAUCCAGGAUUUCUGAGGUUGUUGGAGCAAGCUGAGGAAGAAUUUGGCUUCGAACAAGAAGGGGUUCUUGCUAUCCCUUGCGGGCAUAGUGACUUGGAGAAAAUUCUUGAAAGCAGGAAGAAGAACAAGAGAUGAUGUUUCUUUCCUCUUAUUAAUUUUACAUCCCUUUAAAGGUUUGUUGAUUUGUAGGAUAUAUGUUAUACUUUUUAUAAUGGUUGUCACCUUUUUUUCUCCCUCCAUUUUUCAUUUUGUUGAUUGAAAGAGAAUUACCGCUAUGUAUUGAGUAAAUAGAGGAGUUGUUAUAGUAAUUCGGCCGUUUGCUAGCCCCUUCUGAGAGCACCUCAA